GACGCCGCUUGGCGGUUCGUACUCGCAGCAGCAGCAGACAUCGUCGGGAAGUCAGGAAGCUGCCAGGACUUCGUUGUCGUUGCUACCAGUGCCGGUGGCAACGGGGAGCGCAACAUUGCACGGGCAAGCAUGUCUGGAGCGGUUCCCGUCCUACUGGACCUCUUUCUGGACGUUCACCGUUGUGACCUUCGUCGUCGUCGCAUUCAACUUCAACUCCUCUCCCUGUCCUGCCUUCAGUAUCUGACCGCAUUUCGUAAGCAAUCUACUGAUGCUGCUUUAUAG